CCCUUCCCUCUGGGCCGGAGGCAAAUCCCCUCCCUGUCCUUCCUUCCUGCCCCAGGCCCCGAGCUGAGGACGGAGGGCACGGUGGACAAAUCCCCCCGGCAGACCCUGGUGGGAGAGGCCGUUUUGAAGGGCUCCACGGCGCAGGAAGGCAGCGGGGAGGAAAAGGGCCGGAGAUCCCCCCGCAGGAGGGGCUCCAAAGCCAGCCCAGGGUGCUCUGAGGAGGAAAGACCCAACCUGUGCCGGGAGGGCGGCCGGAGCUUGACCCAGAGCUCUGACCUGGUGGUCCCUGAGCAGCCUCCAAGCAGGGAGAAGCCCUUCAGGUGCUUGGAAUGUGGGAAGAGCUUCAGGCAGAGCACCCACCUCCUCACCCACCAGCACAUUCACACUGGGGAACGGCCCUACACGUGUGGGGAAUGUGGGAAGAGCUUCAGGCAGAGCUCCAACCUCCGCACCCACCGUUACUUCCACACUGGGGAACGACCCUACACGUGUGGGGAAUGUGGGAAGAGUUUCAGUGACAGCUCCACCCUCCACAAACACCAUCGCAUCCACACCGGGGAACGGCCCUACAAGUGCUUGGAAUGUGGGAAGAGGUUUCAGACCAGUUCAGCUCUCGUACAGCACCACCGGACACACACGGAUGAGAGGCCCUUCCGCUGCACCGACUGUGGGAAGAGCUUCAAACGGAACUCCCACCUUGUCACCCACCGGCGCAUCCACACCGGUGAGAGGCCCUACAAGUGUGGGGAGUGUGGGAAGAGCUUCACCGAGAGCUCUGGCUUGACCCAACACCAACGGACCCACCGGUAAGGGCACCCUACGAGUGCCCCGACUGCGGGAAGAGCUUUGGCCGCUGCUUCCACCCCCAAUGAACCCACUGAUGGUGAGGCAACCCCUGGAGUCCAGUGACUGUCAGUCCAUCCCUUUCGACCACAAAGGGCCAGUCCCCUUUCCCAGAGGCAGGUUCUUCCAACAGAACCAUUCCUGGGGGGUGUGUGGAGAUUCCUGCCUUGGCUGGGGACCCCCCAAGGUCACUCCUGGAGGUUGAGAGCAGAGAUCUCCCCACGAGCUUUGGUCUGGGGGAGUUCCAUCCAUCUCUAAUUAAGAAUUAUUGCUUUUGUGCCAGCUUUAGUAGAAUUGCUUCAACAAUUGCUUUAGUGUAGUGCCCUGUCCUAUCUUAUCCUGUACUACUGAUAGUUUUAGUGUUUCUACUGUACAGGAAAUAAUUCUGAUGAAGAUCGUUUGUCUGAUCAUUUGUAUCCCUAAAUAAUUCAUUUCUAUCAAUAGAUCUGAUUUGCCAUCAUUAAAACCUGGGUGACAAAAGUGGUUUAAUCACACCUCUCUAAUUCCUCUAAACUGAAAGUGUUGGCAUAAUCCAAGGCUGGGAUUGGAUCCAGCAGCCCCCAGCACCCCACAGGAAGUUGGGAGCUCAGGGGGG